CUGUGAGGUGUUUUGAAAGGAGAUAGCUGGUUAGCCGCUGCUAAGCGACUGGGAUUACACCUCAGCGGAAACGGGAGACAGUUGGAUUAUGAACGGUGAAGGAUCCAGAGCGGACUCCCCCCUGUCCGGGUGAUGGCAACACGUCUGCACUCAUAUGACAGCAACUCCAGUGACACCGAAAACUGGGAUCGUAAAACCACGAGCCGACCUCGCAAAUUCUGCAAGCAUUCGAGCAGUCAGGCCCGUGUAUCUCGCGUGGAGGCAGGACAGAGGAAGAUGAGUCUGUAUGGUGCCAGUGGGGGCCUUGACCGUUCACGUGACCGCCGCCGCUCCAGUGAUCGCUCCAGGGACUCCUCACACGAGAGAGAAGGCCAGCUCACCCCCUGCAUACGCAACGUCACCUCACCCACUCGCCAACAUAACAGUGACCGAGAACGAGAUGGUGGCUCAUCGUCACGACCAAAUAGCCCACGGCCUCAGAGGGUCUCACCCAGCGGCUCCAGCAGCAGUGGGGUGGUGAGCAGUCGCAACAGCAGCCUGUCCAGCACUGAAGGAGCCUUCAAAAGUUUGGCAGUCGGAGAAAUGGUUUUUGUUUACGAGAACCCGAAAGAGGGAGGAGCCAGUGCCUCUAUCGGGAAUCGAAACUUACGGACCUCAGAAAGAGUCACUCUGAUUGUUGACAAUACACGCUUUGUAGUAGAUCCUGCCAUCUUUACUGCACAACCCAAUACCAUGUUGGGCAGAAUGUUUGGUUCUGGAAGAGAACACAAUUUCACACGGCCCAACGAAAAGGGGGAGUAUGAAGUUGCCGAGGGUAUCAGUUCAACAGUUUUCCGAGCAAUUCUGGAUUACUACAAAUCUGGGUUAAUCCGUUGUCCAGAUGGAAUCUCCAUCCCUGAAUUACGGGAAGCGUGUGACUAUCUAUGCAUUUCCUUUGACUACAGCACCAUUAAAUGCAGAGACCUCAGUGCCCUGAUGCAUGAGCUGUCUAACGAUGGAGCUCGGCGACAGUUUGAGUUUUACCUGGAGGAAAUGGUUUUGCCUUUGAUGGUGGCCAGCGCUCAGAGCGGAGAGAGGGAGUGUCACAUUGUUGUCCUCACUGACGACGAUGUCGUAGACUGGGAUGAAGAAUAUCCACCACAGAUGGGAGAAGAGUAUUCACAAAUCAUCUACAGCACAAAACUGUACAGAUUUUUUAAGUAUAUUGAAAACCGAGAUGUUGCCAAGUCAGUUUUAAAGGAGAGAGGAUUAAAGAAAAUAAGGCUGGGCAUUGAAGGUUACCCCACAUAUAAGGAGAAGGUGAAGAAAAGACCAGGCGGUCGCCCAGAGGUCAUUUACAACUACGUCCAGAGGCCUUUCAUCCGCAUGUCCUGGGAGAAGGAGGAGGGUAAAAGCCGCCACGUGGACUUCCAGUGCGUUAAGUCCAAGUCCAUCACCAACCUGGCUGCAGCAGCGGCAGACAUCCCCCAGGACCAGCUGGUGGUGAUGCACCCCGGGCCUCAAGUGGAUGAACUGGACAUCCUACCCAAUCACCCACCGAGUGGGAAUCACUACAGCAACAACUACAACAACGAGCCUGAUCCUGAUGCACCUUCACCUGCUGUCUGAGGACUCGCCGGUCCUCUUUCAAUGCCUCUGCUCCUCUCCUCCUCUUCUAGUCCUACUCCCAGCAUGCUGCAGUGUGGAGCGCCAGGGGCACCAUAACCAUAUUGCCUUGACACCUCCUUUGCGGCCUUAGAGCCUCAAGAACCUGGACGACUAUAGAAGAAGAAAGGUGAGGGAUACAAGACUGCUGAAAGGAAAAGUUCACUUAUAUUUUCGUUUUGUUUUUUACUCGACCAAAGGAAUUUAUUUUUUGGGGGAAGAAAAAAAAAUUGUAAACACUUAUUAAUAACAUAUUAUUUACAACGUUAUUGUACCUUAAUUUGAUGAGUUUGGCUGAGCACUCUUUGUCACUUCUAGGUUUUAUUUCACUGUUAAUGUCGACUGUCUCGGGUGGCCUAACGACAACAUGUGCUUUCGGGUUUAAGAACCCGAGACUCGCUAAUAAUAUAACGUCCUGGUCAUGAAGAAAAAUCACUUCUCACCACCUUUUACAGUCAUGACGGAACUCCCGUCACACGUCCGGGGAGUGUGUGGUCGUUGACUGGUUUCCGAUGAUAUGUGAUGUUAUGCUCCUCCCACAGUGAAGACGUAAAGCAGAGCACGGGCGACUGUGGUCACAAUCUUUUUGUGCAAAGCUUGACAUUGUUGUUUAAAAAAUAAAAUCACAAAAUAAAGACAUCAAAACCA